GGGGCGGACCUUGGACGGGGAAAAAGAAGGGUGGGGGGGCUCAACAGCAGCAGCAGGAACCGCCACCUCGGUCAAGGGAAGCGGCGUUGACUCGGGAGCCCCUCGGACGAGGACUUGCUUCUCACCAGCCGUGUCCAAAAUGUCUUCAGAGUCAACUUCAGCCCACCAACGGUCUCCACCUCCCAGGGCUCUCCGUCUGCCCGAAGGCCGCCGGACCAGAGACCGUUCUCCUUCCCCUAUGAGAGGUUAUCUGAUCCCGAGCCCACUUCCGACUCGCAGGAACCGCACGUUUUCAGCGACAACACGAGCCGCUGAAGGGCCCACCUACAGUGGGGUGUGUAAAUGUUUCUGCCGAUCCAAGGGCCACGGCUUUAUCACGCCUGGUGAUGGAGGCCCAGAGAUCUUCGUCCAUAUUUCUGAUAUCGAAGGAGAGUAUGUUCCGGUAGCUGGUGAUGAGGUCACCUACAAGGUGUGCACCAUUCCGCCGAAGAAUGAGAAACUUCAAGCUGUAGAGGUCAACAUCACUCACCUAGCUCCGGGCACAAAACAUGAGACGUGGUCGGGACACGUGAUUAACUCCUAGACGGAGUUCUGCAGCCAUGUUGACUGAAGAGGACUAUUGGAUCGUGUUCAACAGCCCGAUGAGUUUUCUGCAGAUUGUGUAAUGGAAAACAGGGUUCCAAAGGUGGCCAGAUUAAAAAAAAAACCCUUUUUUUUUACAAAAAAAAA